AUGGCAGUUCGGUACUCACAAACAGAUAACUUAUCAUCAGCAACACGAAUCCCUCUCAUAAAUGAAGACCAAGAAGAUGAAGGCCAUCUUUCCAAAUCUCUAAACCAUUUAGAGACCUUUUUGAGGAUCUUUGGCUUGUGUCAAUACUCUUUUUUAAGUUUCACACUCUCAUGGCUCUCUUUUUUGCUUCUUGGUAUUGCUCUUCCUGUUGUGGUGAUCAAGUAUUUCUCCUACUGUCCUGACUGUAAGAAGUACCAAAUUAGUAGCUUUGAGCUUCAGGUUUUGGUGUUUCAGUGUUUAGUUGCUGCCAUUUCUUUUGUUUGUAUUUCACAUAGCUUGAGGAAGUAUGGGGUCAGGAAGUUUCUCUUUGUGGACCGGUUUCAUGGACAUAUGGCACAGUUUCGUGAUGAAUAUGUAAAGAAGAUCAAUGGUUUCUUCCGGUUGUUGGCAGUGUGGUUGCUACCAUUCCUAGUCUUGAAGAUUGUCCGUGAGGCUGCUCGCGUAAUAUAUAUGCCACAUCAUUCUUGGGGGCAAUCUGUUGCUAUACCGAUAGCUCUGGAUGUCUCAUGGUGCUAUUCGAUUACUAUCUAUUUAUCAGGCUGUGCUUUAUUUAAUUUAGUAUGCAAUUUUCAAGUGAUUCACUUUGAAAAUUAUGGGAAGCUUUUAGAAAGGGAUUUGGAUGUUUCGCAGUACAUCGAGGAACACAUUCGUCUGACACAUUAUCUGUCUAAGAUAAGCCAUCGGUUCCGAAUAUUUUUCAUUCUUGAACUCUUGGUGGUGACAGCUAGUCAGGUCGUGGCUUUAUUUCAAACUACAUGGAAUAGUGAAAUUAUCAAUCUCGUCAAUGGUGGUGAUUUUGCAAUCUCUUCUAUAGUUGAGCUUGUUGGGUUAGUAAUUUCCCUGCAUGCUGCUGCAAAAAUCACACACAGAGCUCAAGGCAUUGGAUCAGUUGCUGCUAAAUGGCAUUCUUUAGUUACAUGUGCCUCUGAUGACACUUCUCAAGUGGAAAUAAGCCGUAACGGUGGAAGCUCUGAGGCUGCCAAUCUAGGCCACUUAUUGCACAUAACCUAUUCAGAAAGUGAUUUGGAAGCAGUUGACUAUGUGCCAGUGCCAACUACUACCCAGCUGGCUUCAUACAUGUCCACAUAUCACAAGAGACAAGCUUUUGUUAAUUAUUUGCAGUCCAAUCCUGGUGGCUUUAGUGUUUUUGGAUGGAGAAUUGAUCGGACACUCAUCAACACUAUCUUCUUCUUGGAGAUGUCACUAGUCUUUUUUGUACUCGGGAAGACCAUUACUAUCACACAGCAUACUGCUUGA